AUGGCCAUGUCAGAUACGCGACAGAAGAGUGUGGUUGUAAGCAAACCUAUUUUGUAUGGAUCUGUGGCAACGUAUCUAGGACGUAAGGCAGAGGAGACAAAGACGCAUCGUUGGUCAAUCUACUUGCGUGGUGUGGAUAAUGAAGAUCUGUCGUAUAUGAUUAGUAAAGUUGUUAUUAGUCUCCAUGUGAGCUUUGCCAACCCUGUUCGAGUGCUAACAGAACCACCAUAUGAGGUUACGGAACUUGGAUGGGGUGAGUUUGAGACACGGAUCCAGAUUUACUUCCAUGAUCCAAAUGAGCGGCCAAUUAGCAUCAUCCACUUGCUAGUGUUGUACCCACCAAAUAGCCAGCCUGCGAGCACAAAGAAGCCCGUGGUGAGCGAAUUCUACGAUGAGCUUGUGUUUAAUGAGCCGACGGAAUUCUUUUAUAAGAAACUCAUGGCUGGACCGGACCGUCAAUCUCCGCCACUGACUAUGCAAGUUCAUCUGCCUACGUAUUCUGACGUAGAAGUACUCAAGACUUUGGCUCGUGCUGAGACCUUUGUGAAGAAGGAAAUCCAGGACACGAAAACGCUUUUGCUGUGUGCUGACAUGGAGGUCAAGGAGCUCAAGGAACGCAUUGCUGAGCAUACAAAGAAAAAGAAGCAGGCUGAGAAGCUAGCUGCCGUAGCAGCACACCCGAUCCCCAUGCCUUAA